AAGCCACAAAAUGCUUCUCCGGUGUCACUCUGCAGCAUUCUGUGGUCACCGGAAUUAUUUUGUGUUUGGCUCAGAAUUCAGAAAUCAACCUACAUAUCAUCAAAGGAAAGAAGUGGAUUUUCCAUUGGGAGUGAACAAUCGAGGAAGGGCUGAGUUUGGAUAUUCUUCUUCUGUGCAGAAGAAGAGUUGGAUCACUCAUUGCCAGGCAUCUAGUGAAGGUCAUGACAGUUCCGCUGAGAAGGGUGAUUUACCAGUCCAUGGACUCUCCGAUAUAGUUGUGGGAGUCCUGGGGGGAGGUCAGUUGGCUCGCAUGAUAUGUCAGGCAGCUUCUCAGAUUGGCAUCAAAGUAGCAGUUUUGGAUCCACACGAGAACUGUCCAGCAAGUGCGCUUUCCUAUUAUCAUAUGGUUGGAAGUUUUGAUGAUAGUGCUACGGUUCAGGAAUUUGCAAAAAGAUGUGGAGUAUUGACCGUGGAAAUUGAACAUGUUGAUGCAAUUACGAUAGAGAAACUUGAGCAACAAGGAGUAGAUUGCCAGCCCAAAGCCUCUACCAUCCAAAUAAUCCAAGACAAAUAUCUCCAGAAAGUUCAUUUUUCUAAGAAUGCAAUUCCAGUUCCUGAUUUUUUGCAGAUAGACGAUCUUGAAAGUGCAGAGAAGGCAGGAGAUUUAUUUGGUUAUCCUCUUAUGAUCAAGAGCAAAAGGCUAGCUUAUGAUGGGCGUGGAAAUGCCGUUGCUCACAGCAAAGAGGAGCUUUCUUCCGCUGUUGCUGCUCUUGGAGGAUAUAAUCGAGGCUUAUAUGUUGAGAAGUGGGCUCCAUUUGUAAAGGAGCUGGCUGUUAUUGUGGCAAGGGGAAGAGACAAUUCUAUUUCAUGCUAUCCUGUUGUUGAAACUAUUCACCAGGAUAAUAUCUGUCACAUUGUUAAGGCACCAGCUGAUGUACCAUGGAUGGUCAGAAGCCUGGCUACUGAUAUUGCAAAAAAGGCCAUUAGUUCAUUAGAAGGAGCUGGUGUGUUUGCGGUUGAGUUGUUUUUGACAAGGGAUGGCCAAAUUUUGCUAAAUGAAGUAGCUCCUAGACCUCAUAAUAGUGGGCAUCACACAAUUGAAUCUUGUUUUACUUCACAAUUUGAGCAGCAUUUGCGUGCUGUUGUCGGUCUUCCUCUUGGUGAUCCAUCAAUGAAAACACCAGCUGCCAUCAUGUACAAUUUACUUGGCGAAGAGGAUGGGGAGCCGGGGUUCUAUUUGGCAAACCAGCUGAUUGGAAGGGCGAUGAGAAUUCCUAGGGCUUCUGUUCAUUGGUAUGAUAAGCCAGAAAUGCGAAAGCAGAGGAAAAUGGGCCAUGUCACAAUUGUGGGCCCAUCUCUGGGCAUAGUGGAAAGGUGGUUGAAUUCAAUGCUAAGUGAAGGAAGUCUGGAAGAUCAGAAUUUCACUGCUCCACAUGUUGGUAUUAUAAUGGGCUCUGAUUCUGAUCUUCCAGUCAUGAGGGAUGCUGCAAAUAUUUUGAAUUCUCUUGGUGUGCCGAUUGAAGUGAGGAUAGUUUCAGCACAUCGAACCCCUGAACUGAUGUACUCUUAUGCUUUGUCAGCCCGGGAACGAGGAAUUCGGAUUAUCAUUGCUGGUGCUGGUGGUGCUGCCCACUUGCCUGGUAUGGUGGCUGCAUUGACUCCAUUACCUGUUAUUGGUGUUCCUGUACGUGCGUCUUCACUGGAGGGGCUUGAUUCUCUCUUAUCAAUUGUUCAGAUGCCAAGGGGUGUUCCUGUUGCAACAGUUGCAAUAAACAAUGCGAGAAACGCAGCUUUGUUAGCAACUAGGAUUUUGGCAGUGGGGGAUGCUGAUUUACAGGCUAGAUUAGUCCAAUAUCAACAAGACAUGAAGGAUGAUGUCUUGAGGAAGGCCGACAAGCUCCAGAAAGAUGGUUGGGACGGAUAUUCAAAUCCUUGAUCUCGAACAUACUUUUUUUGUAAGAUUCAAGUGGCUUGAGUAGUUUUAAAAUGAAUGAAGGAAUGAAUAUCGAAUUUUGAUUUUAUUCUUUGCAUGCAA